AUGAAAGCUAUCGAUCCCGAUCCGUUGAAUGGUACAGAUGAUGAAACAUCAUCCACACCUCCAUCAAAACAACAGCAACAAUCUGGUUCAGCAUUGGGCGUAUCAAGUGAUGAACAAAAAGAAGUUUUUAAUCUCACAUCGACAACAGAAAAAUCACCAGUAUCUAAAAGACGAAAAACUCAAAGUUCUAUUCCAUCACGUCAGAAAAAGACACCUAAAAAAUCGACGACAAUAAGUGUUCAAACAGAAUGGACAUGGAAAGAUAUGGAAAUGCUUGAACAAUAUCGAAUUCGAGAAGAACAACCUGAGCCAGUACCUGUCGAAGAAGAUGAACGUGAAGAAUUAGAACAAGAAGUUAUUGUUGAACCAGAAGUACCAAUUCCAAAAAUUUCCGAAUCACCUGAACAAGCUGAAUCGACUACUAGUUCAUUACCUGAAUUGCCAAUUUUAACAUCUGUUGGACCACCACCUAUUUUACAGUAUAAUCCUGAAUCCAAACAAAAAUUAUUUGACAUACCUCGAACAAAUGAACAAGCCAUUGAAACAGAAUUACGUGAAUUAGGUGUACAUAUUCAUGGACAUAUUCCAUGUGAAUUUUGUGGUCAACAGUUACUUAAAUGGCCAACAAUUGUUGAACAAGAAAAAUUUGCACCAAGUCAAUUAUUUUGUUGUAGUGAGUAUCGUGAAUUUGUUGAAGCUGUACUUGAAAUGCAAAAAGAAGAGAAUCAAAAAAUUGAUUCAAAACAAAUUGAUAUACAACCACAUGCUAAAGUUCGUAGCCGACGAGCUCGACAAUUAGCUGAAGAACGAGCAAAAACAAGAGUUUGGGAACGUCAUAUGGCAGAACAAAAACGACUUGAAGAACAAGCACAAAAAUUAGCACAUGCUGCACAAUCAAAAUCUAGUGAUCUACAAUCAGGUGGAAGUACUGAUUUAAGUCAAGCAGCACAUAAAAUAACGGACAGACGUGCAGCAGCAAAAAUGAUUCAGGAUGAUUUGGCAGCAAAAAUGAGAACUCUAACAUAUCAAUUAUCAAAUUUAAAGUUUGUUGAAGAAGGUUGGACAUUACAAAGACCACCUGAUUUUGAAAUAAGUUCAGAUGAGGAUUCUGAAGAUGAAGAACAUAUAAUUGUACCAAGAGAUCUUUCAUCUUCAAUACUUAAAAAAUAUGAAAGACCAUUAAUUCAAAGAUUUUAUAAAGACGGAUCAAAAGCAGCUAUUCUUUUUCCAAAUGGAACAGGCUGUGUUUAUUAUCCAUCGGGUAAUACGGCUAUUAGUAUCUCAGAAGUUGCUCGCGCUAUGCUUUUAUAUACUGCAUUUACUGAUGAGCCAACACUUUCAGCAAAACAAUUAGCACAAUUUGAUCCAUUUGGAAAUGGUUAUUGUAAUUUUAUGAAUGGAGAUUUAAGAUUACAAUUGACAGCACUUGAAGGUGUAGAAUUAAAUGUUGAUGGCAGUCGACGACGUCGUUGGAAUUGGUGGACAAAAGUGAAUACAUCUCUCGAACCACACGUACAUGCACCACCAUUUCAACCAAUAUUAUUUCAUUUAAAUAAAGAAAUUGUUAUAAAGAUAUGUUCACAAGAAAAACUUUAUAUGAAAUUUUCUACUGAACUUAUUGAACUUAAAUUUAAAGUUGGUGCUAGAUUACAAGUAAAUAAUGUGAAUAAUUUACCAUCAACACAAAAAAGUGAUCCAUAUGAAAAUCUUUUAAAAAAGAAAAAUAUUAUUUUAACACGUUUAUUAAAAAAUAUUCAAUAUGAAGCCCAACAAUAUAUUAGAAGUGAAGAACAACUACGAACUUCUCAACAAACAACUAUAAUUAAUCUUCAACCACAACAUCGUACAAAACAACCAAUUAAAAAAAGUCUAUUUCCACCUAUACGGCAAAAUGAAGAGAAAAUUCAAAAUAAUCGAAAAAUUUAUCGUAGUGUCAUUGUCACGUAA